UGAGUCAUUGAGUGCGACUCAAAUUAUCAUUCCUUCACCAUCACUGUAGUCUCAGUCUGUAGACGGCCACAAGACUCAGAGCUUGGUUGGAAUCGGAAGAAAGAUUGAAAGCAUGAAGGAGCAGUGUAGAGAAACGAAAGAGAAAGAGGAGAGUCUCUCAGAGUCAGAGGAGGAGAGGCUUGACUUUAUCAGCAGUGUACCAGACUCUAUACUCUCCUAUAUCCUCUCUUUUCUCCCAACUCGAGAGGCCGUCCUCACAAGCAUUUUGUCAAGCAGAUGGAGGACUGUCUGGACUCUCGUCCCUACCCUCGACUUGGACCAGGGAAAGCUCUCCGAAACAUUCGUAGAUCAGAGCAGUUGUACUACUUUGGGGGACAUACUCUCCAAUCUGUGGAUGCUUCGCAAUACAGUUCCCAAUUCCACGCCCAUACAGAAGUUGCGUAUCCAUUGGUUCACCCACUGUUUUCCACUCCAUGCCCACACUUGGAUCCGCGCCAACAUUCUGCACGGUUUGCAAGACCUCGAUCUCUCUAUAUCUACUCCUUUGGAGUUGCCCCGUUGUCUCUUCUUUUGUACAACACUAGUUCUUCUCAAAUUGAAGGGUCAGUUUCUCCUCAAUCCUGUUCCUUCUGCUUCUACUCUCCCAAGUCUCAAGACUCUGCUGCUUCAACGUGUUCAUUAUGCAAACCCCAACUCUCUCUCCACGCUCCUCGCUGCCUGCCCGGUCCUCCAAGAUUUGACCCUCACUGUGUUUGGUUCUGAUUUGGAACAUUUGGACAAUAAUGCAGCAGCAGCCAAGUUCAAUAUCAUUGUACUCGUACCUACGCUGGAAACAUUUCUUUUACAUCUUCAGAAUUUAAGGUACUCACACAAAAUCCAAAUAAACACCCCAGCUCUCAAGUCCUUUCAAUUCCUAGGUUGGUUGGGUGAGGAUGUUGUGUUGGAAAACCUCCCCAACUUGGUCAAAUUGUUCCUUCAUGCUGAGAAACAAAUAUGUACGAGUUUCAAAGAAUAUUCAAAUAGGGUAUUGGACUUCAUGCGACCACUCUAUAACGUUAAAUUCAUGGAAUUUAACUUAAAAGCUGCACAGUUACUCAACCAUGCUUCUAAAAUUGAUGAUGUCCCCAUGUUUCAUAAUUUGUCUUCCUUGAAGUUUUAUGGUGGGCUGCGGUGUAAAUUGUGGAAUGCAGUUCGACCAUUCCUUUGUCGGGCUCCAAAGCUACAAACACUUGCCUUUGAAUUGACAAAUUGGCCAGGCUAUGGUUUUUACGCACCUGUUGAUUGCUUGGAGGAGCCAUUGGAUGUUCCUGAAUGUCUGUCAUCACACCUUACAACCUGUUAUCACAAAGGCUUUUCAGGGAAUGACAUUGAGAUGCAACUUGUUAGACAGAUUCUAAAGGCGGCUAGAGUGUUAAAGACAAUGAAUAUCACUGUUGGAAGUGAUCUUGACUCAAAGGCAAAGCUUCAUAUUCACGAGGAGUUAUUGACGUUCCCAAGGAGCUCUCAAACUUGUCAAAUUGUAUUUGACUAAAGCAUAUUUCCAUUUUUAGUCUCUCUCUCCUAAUUGUCCAGAAGCAGAAGUUUUAUGGGAAUGCCAAUAUUGUUCUUGGCAUCUUUCAUAUGAAACUGUCAUGAAUUCUAAAUUAGAAAUACUUGUUUAAUGGCCUCUCUCUGUCUCUACUUGUAUAUUCUUUUUUAAAAGAUGCAUAGAAAAUAUAAUGCUUGCUAUAUCCACUAACC